AUGCGGCCCCCGACACGCUGUGCUACACCCCACGUACGUCGCAUGCAGGCCAACCUCACGUUCGGCCACCACUUGGCUCGACAGCAUCUGCAAAGUGUUCAACGACAUCAGAAGAGCUACUUCGAUCGGCGCGUGAAACAAAGAACGUUCUUACCCGGUGAUCGCGUUUGGUUAAGUGAAUCGGCACCUCCGACAGGUGUCCCAGCAAAGCUCCACAGAGCAUGGAAGGGUCCUUACCUUAUAGAGCAGGUGUUGUUCAACAUUCUCUACCGUCUCACCCUACCACAGUGGUCAGUUGUCGUCCACGUCAACCGACUGAAGAACACCAACAACAUCUUAGACAGCGCUGAGGACAGCGCCUCGUUGCGCGGGGGACGUGUGUAA